AUGAACCCUAAAGAAUAUAAAAGAAAUUUAUGGAAGGGCGUUUAUGCUGGUGAAUAUCAGAAACAUGUUACAAUUUCUACUAUUGGUUCAACUACUGAAUCAGCAGAAGAGAUAAAUGAUAAAAUAGUUUAUAUGGAAGAUUUAGAAAAAAGAAAACAAGUAUAUGGAAUAUGUGGAGAAUGUAAUGAACCUGGCACGGGAGAAGAUUGGUGUCAACCUUGUAAUGCUAAAAGAUUUAAGGAUAACUUUAAAAAUUGGACUAAUAUUACAUAUAUUACCAGAGGUGGAUUUGGUAAAGUCUAUUCAGCUGAAUGGUCUGAAGGAUAUAUUUAUUAUUGGAAUAUUGAAAAUCAAAAAUGGUUAAGAAUUAGUAAUGCAAAAGUUGCAUUAAAAAGUUUGAAUAAUUCAUCUUAUCUAAGUAUGGAAUUUUUAAAUGAGAUGUGUAUAAGAGACAGUACAAAAGCAUCUGAUAUUUAUUCACUUGGAAUAAUGAUGAAUGAAUAUAUAUCUGAAGAAACUCCUUAUAAUAAUAUUCCUCAUAAUCAUGCUUUAGCUAUUAAAAUAUGUAAAGGACUUAGACCAAACAUUUUUAAAUAUACACCAAAAUUACUUGCAGAUUUGAUUACUAAAUGUUGGGAUGCUAAAGUAGAAAAUAGACCAAUUACUAAAGAAUUAUAUCAAGAACUUGAAAAAUUGUAUUAUGAACAAUCUAAAUAUCGUUCUCAAAUAAAUGAAUAUGGCGACAAAAUCAAAUUAAACAGAACAAGUGAAAAAAGAUCUAGUAACAUUCAAACACAUCCGCAAGCAAUCUAUACUAGCAGAAUUUUAAAUUUCAAGAAUCUUCCAGAACCAGUAAAUUCAGAUGCUAUUAAAACAACAUUACAUUAUUCAGAAUGUUUAGAUUGUCAAUUGGACGAAUUAGACCUUAAUGAAAUUAAUCAAGAUGAAGAAAAUAAUAUUGAAUGA